AUGCUAGCCGUCCUCCUCCUCGCCAUCAUUUGGGGUAUUGUAGCGUACUACAGAUGGGUCCGUCAAUUCCCUCCCGGUCCAUUUCCAUGGCCUAUUAUCGGGAAUUUACCCCAGCUGGCCAUCAGCCAAUAUCCCCACAAGACAAUCGAAGCAAUCGGGAGACCAUAUGGCCCUGUAUUUACUGUAUUUCUUCCACUUCCUGUUAUUGUUAUUACGGGGUAUGAUGAGCAUAAAGAAGCGCUGCUCGGGCCGAAAGCCGACAAUUUUUCCAGUCGCCCCGACAACCCUUCGGAUUCCCUAUUUAUGAAUGUGCCAAAUGGAGGGAUCAUCUUUUCUGAGGGAAUGGAAUGGACAGAACAAAGAACAUUCACCCUUCAAUGUCUUCGUCUAUUUGGUGUCGGAUCGAGAAUGAUGGAGGCAAAGAUCCUAUCUUCUGUACAAAUACUAUUCGAUCAUCUCGACACGCUACCCUCCUCAAACAUCGACAUCAAUUGGCCACUCCAUCUGUGUGUGGGGAAUGUAGUCCAUGAAAUCCUGUUCGGACAAUCUGUUCCUCAUCAACAAUCACAAGAACUCAAGCACUAUCAGGACCGAAUCGAUUUGGCCAUGCAGAUGGUGAGAAGUCGGGCGUCUGUUCUAAUCGUUCAGGCGCUCCCCUGGACCCGCCACCUGCCCCUGAUUGGCAAAUGGGGAUACCAUGAAUUGAGGGGAAUUGCCGAGGAAUUGAUUGGAUAUGUCGAGAGGCAAAUCGAACAAUCUGGAGAGGAGCCCUCUUUUGUCAAUCAAUACAAACAGGAAAUGACGCGAAAAGGUCCCUCUGCCAGCUUCACCUACGACAAUCUGGUGAAUACGGUCACUGAUCUCUGGCUCGCUGGUAUGGAAACAGCGGCCACGACAAUUCGAUGGGCAAUUGUAUUGUUGACAGCACAUCCGGAUGUACAGGAGAGACUGGCAGAUGAGAUCCGGGGGGUGGCUGGUGAUAGAAUGAUCUCAAUUGGGGAUAAAGCACAGAUGCCCUAUGCACAGGCAGUAAUCUGUGAAAUCCAUCGUAUGGCAAAUGUUGUGACAUUCAACGUCUUUCAUAAAACAUAUCGGGAUGACCGGCUGGGAAAACAUUUUAUCCCUGCAGGUUCUACCGUACUCCCGCAAAUAAGUGCCGUUCUGACAGCAGAAGAGCUUUUCGAAAAUCCUGAUCAAUUCAAUCCGGAGAGAUUCAUCAAAAGAACGAAAGAUGGGGCAAUUCAAUUGAGGAAGGAUCGGAUGGAAAAGGUGAUCGCCUUCUCGUUGGGAAAACGUCAAUGUGCUGGGGAAGCGUUGGCCCGCAUGGAGGUAUUCCUCAUCACUCUGGCUAUGGUGCAACGAUAUCGCCUCCUCCCAGCCACUCCCUGCUCUCCCCUCCCAUCCCUCAAACCGAUUUUUGGUAUCCUUCAGACACCUCCACCAUUCGAAUGGACCCUGGAAGAACGA